CAAAGCUUCGAACCCCGAGGCUCUGGCUGGGGUCUUGUGAUCGGUUGCCAGUCCCGCGACAGCGCACCCGCCCAGACCCGCAUCAAACCACCAACAACCAUCCGCAACAAUCGGCAGCCCGCGUCGCAAGCUGCUGAAAGGCGCGAUUUCUGGACCUCGCAUUAUCGUAUCGGUUCCCCCGUCUCUCGAUUUCGGCAUCGAAUACCGCGGAUAAUCUGCAAAGAUGGUGCUCCUCGACUUGCUGACUUUGGGGUUAUGGUCAAAGCUCGGACGGCUGACCCAUUAUGCCUUCGAUGCCGUCCUCUUCUCGGCGUUCCUGGCAGGAAUGAAGCGUUCGACCGGCCUCACUUUCAAGACGGACAAAGUUGCCGGAGAUAACAAAGAGGUGUCAAAAUGGGUCGACAAGUACCUCGGCGUCGGCGAAUGGGUGAUGGAUCAGUCCGUCGCCAUUGCUGGCUCCAGCGGGUGGUUUGAGCGGACCCGGUAGAGAUGGCAUCUUUUGGAACCGAUGGAUGGUGUGCAGACAGAGGUACCAGCGUUGAUCUGGUAUCCGCGUAACGACUUCCCUCACCGAGAUGAGGUGGAUCGGUCAAUCGUGCUCAGAGAGGGCUAGGUGCGUCUCGGGGAUUUCUUAGUUCGGGUGGUCGGUCUCAUGGGCGGCGUUCUGGAUCGAAGUGGUGGGCGUAUCUCUCCGCUGAAUUUUGAUGUGUAUACGGAUAUGCCCCUCUUAGUUGUUUAUGUGGUUUUAUCCCGCAAUCGGGUUCCAUUGUCCUUCCCAUCGUGCGUUCUGCAACACCCCGCGUUUUUCCGACUGCCCGCUGAUUCGGGAUCAC